CAUCUUGUAGUCUAUCGCUCAUUACUUUUUCUUCUCAUUCCUCCUCCUCAUUCAUUUCCUCAUCCCAAGUAUGGUCUCGAUCCAAGACACUACCAUUCCCAGAAGUAAACCUCUCAAGUCCUUCAAGGACCUGCUUGCCUGGCAGCCAGGGCAGGACGAAUACAAUGUUGCUCAUACACCACUCCAUCCCAGACCUGAGUUACUGCGUCGUGGAGUCAGGUAUCAUCGCCACGGUUCUGAUAAACCAGUCCCGGAAACUUCUCCUGAAACCCAUGAUUCCGGUCUUGAGGGUUGCAAGGUCAUUGUUUGCCAUGAUAUGGCUGGAGGCUACGCAGAGGAUGUUUGGCCUCAAGGGAACGACUACAACACGAUCUAUAGCAUCCAGUACUGGAAUUAUAUCGACACCUUCAUCUACUUUUCCCAUUACCGAAUCACCAUUCCUCCUCCUGUCUGGACCAAUGCCGCCCACAAGAACGGAGUCCGCUGUCUCGGAACCAUCAUCACAGAAUGGUUGGAGGGUGUCCUUGAGACGGAUGAAAUGGUCAGUGGGCCCGGUCAGGAAUUCGUGAACGAGGACGGGGACGAUGUGGUCGAUCGGAGAUGGUUCAGUAGAACCUAUGCGGAUAAGCUCGUUGAUAUGGCGGUGUACUACAAGUUUGAUGGGUGGUUCAUUAAUAUUGAGAGUAUACUCAGGGGUGGCGCGAAGCAGGCCAACCAGACCAUUGCCUUUUUGGCAUACCUUCGGGCACAGAUUCAUGCUAGGAUCCCUGGAGGUGAACUUGUUUGGUAUGACAGUGUGGUCUCGUCGACGGGUGAGGUAAACUGGCAGGACAGGCUCACUCCUGAGAACUAUCAGUUUUUUGAACAGAGCGAUGGUAUCUUUACGAAUUACACCUGGAAGGAACAGUUUGUUGGCGAGUCUGUCGCUCUAGCUGGUCCUCGGAAUAGAGACGUCUACACUGGGAUUGACAUCUGGGGCAGAAAUACAUUUGGUGGUGGAGGCUUCUCAACUUACAGGGCUCUCGAAGUCAUCCAGCGCGAAAAAACAUCGUGUGCGCUCUUUGCUCCGGCAUGGACGUAUGAGUCGCUCGGUAAGGAGAAGUUCAUGAGAAACGACCGGCGCUUCUGGAUAGGCUCCCUGGGAGCUGGCAAACACUUCGAGGGUCGUCCUCCAUCUUCAUCUCCAGACCAGGCUUCUCGAUUGUUAUCAGGUGAGCAGUGGGCGAACCCAGCUGGUGGAAAUAAAGACGGCAAAGAUGGUGAGGUGGAUCGCAAGCAACAGCCGGAAUUCUUGCCAGUGUCGGCGUAUAUCCCAGCACGACCAUCGGGGACUUCCUCAUGGUUCUAUUCCAAUUUUGACCGUGGGUUUGGCACUGGAUUCUGGGUCAACGGCAAGUCUCUGACAAGCCAUGGUCGCAUCUGUCACAUCAGUCCCUGUCGCCAUCGUUGAACAAAGAAGUCCUUAUACUUGGUCCGGACUCUUCCAACUGUGUCCCAGUGUUGGAGCGUUCAUUCAUCAACUGGAUUCUGUUACCCGAGGACGCUUAUAACGGUGGGACUUCAGUCGUGAUCUACGAUAUCUUCUGGAGCCUGGCAACAUCGUCUUUUCAGCCUGC